AUGGGCUUCCAGAUGCGCCAUGUAGCUCUCAUGCUCUCUGCCUGCUGUGUCUCAGCACACCGCGUGCAGCGCGCGGGUGGGCAGUCCGGUGGACGCGGGCUUCAUGUGCAGCCGGCUACGGCACCCAGCGAAGAUGACUUGAGGGCGGAAGCGGCAAUGUCCUUCGAGCCGCCAAGAGUAUGGAUCCCAACCUUCGACGUGAAGAAGUGGUUCUUCCACAGAUUGGAGCUUCAGCGUCAUUCCAACCUCAGCAUCUUCGAACAGACCCGUCACUUCAUGGAAAGUGAGGAUCCCAGAUCUUGGGGUAACAACUGGACGGGGGAGAGCAUCUCAACCCUGUCUCUGGCGUUCAAGAACGAGUCAGGAGUGGACGUGAUGGGCUUGCGCAAAGAGUGGCUGUCACUUGUUCUCACCUCCAUCGUGAUGCCCGAGGCGGAUGCAAACACAGCGGGAUUGCAGUGCAUCAAAAGCGGCCUGUGCGGUGGAGAUGCUGGUGCUCCUCAGUACUUGCUGAAAGCACUGCCAUCUGGUGAGUUGAUACCUAUCCUCAGCGCGGAAGAAGAGGAGCCCGCUUGGGCUGGUCGAGUGGGAUCUGUGUUCAACUUCGCCUACGGCGUCUAUGAGGCAGCCUAUGAGAAAGUAUUGGGGCCCAUGCAGACCCUUCCGGCCGCUGCCGGCCAACGUUUCAAGUUCUUGGGAAAGUGGCUGGCCCGGUCUUACGUCAUCACCGACUUGGGCUAUGCACCCAUGGGCUUCCACAGUCUCAUCUACAAGAGCUUGGUGGCCGGCCAUGCUGUUGAGCCUGAGACCCAGCCCUUCUACAGCGAGGAAGACACCAUUCCGGCCUGUGAGAAGAUGGCGGCCGUCUUCCAGCGGCGCAGCCCCCAAGAGCUGCAGAGCUACGGGUGGCUGGGUUGUGAUGAGGUAAAGGAUCCUGAGACCGGCAAAUACACCCAGCCAAGUUGCUACAAGCCCAUCUACAAAGACGAGGCGAUGUGGGAUGCCCUCUACAUGACAUGGGGGUCUUUUGCCCCGGAUGGUGCCAAAGCUGAAGACCCCGUUCCGUUCAGCGCGGCGCGCGAGUACACGGAGCGCAGAUGUGAAGAGUCGUGGAAGCGCUUCGAAGAGCCCGUGGAUUACAUGGCACAGGGCUUUCACGAAGUGCUGCCCAGCAACUCCGAUUUCUGGAAGUUGCUGGAUGGGAGGUCUGAGACACUUGCACACAUGGUGGAAGGCAACUCAGAUGUGGAUCUUGAUGAGUUGUGGGAAGCAGUCGAGUGGUCAGGAUCAUGGGACGAGGAGACAGAAGAUGUCCUAUAUGAGGUGCUGCAGGAGUUGCAGGAGGAGGGAAAAGGUUUGCCUCCCAUCAAGCGGCCCUUGAACAAGCUCUUGCGCUUCUUCACAGGGUCAUUCAAGAAGCCGGUGGAGGGCUGGAAGAAGGCCAAAGUGGAGUUUGUCUACCGUUACUCGGAGAAGUGCAUCCCUUUGGUUGGGAAGACUUGCUUUAAUGAGUUGCGCAUCCCAGGCGGAUGCCUAGAAGACCCCCGCGAGUUGAAGGAGAUGAUUGCCGAGUCGGUGGUUUCCGAGGACUUUGGCUAUGAGUAG